CCGCCUCCGGGGGGAGGGAGCUGCGAGGGCCAGGGCGGCGGCCCGCAACGGGGAGGCAGCCGCGCAAGGUGGACAGGCGGGCGAGGACAGCUCCGCGCGCCCCCCACAACUCGUUUUCUUCCCUUCCCUUCACCUUGGCAGGGCGGAGGCGCGAUGGACCUGACCGGGCUCCUGCUGGACGAAGAAGGCACCUUCUCCCUCGCCGGCUUCCAGGACUUCACGUUCCUCCCAGGACACCAGAAGCUGAGUGCCCGGAUCCGAAGGAGGCUCUACUAUGGCUGGGACUGGGAAGCCAACUGUAGCCUGGAGGAGCUCUCCAGCCCGGUGGCAGACAUUGCUGUGGAACUGCUCCAGAAGGCAGCCCCCAGCCCUAUUCGCCGACUCCAGAAGAAAUACGUAGCUCAUGUGUCCCGGGAGGCGUGUAUCUCCCCAUGUGCUAUGAUGCUGGCUCUGGUGUACAUUGAAAGGCUCCGGCACCGAAACCCAGACUACUUGCAGCACGUGUCAUCCUCUGACUUGUUCUUGAUCUCAAUGGUAAGAUACCCCCUCCCUGUCUCCCUAGUGAGCCAGGAGCCUGCUAUGAGCUCUGCUCUAUCACUUCUGGUUCCUCCGCAGAUGGUGGCCAGUAAGUACCUCUAUGAUGAAGGGGAGGAGGAGGAAGUCUUCAAUGAUGAAUGGGGAGCUGCUGGGGGUGUGGCCGUGCCCACUCUCAAUGCCUUGGAGAGGGGCUUCCUGAGUGCCAUGGAUUGGCGUCUCUACACUGACCCUCGAGAGAUCUUUGAGGUGCUGAGCUGGCUGGAGAGCUGUGUGGCUGAGCAGCAGGGACGGCGGCGAGGCUGGUACACCUACACAGACCUGUGUGUGCUGCUGGAGCAGCCAACCUGGCAGUUUGCCCUGGGCUCCCUCUGCCAGCGGCUGGUAAAGCUGUCCUGCCUGUUAGCUGUGGCAUAUGUGAGCAGUGUGGCCCUGGCUGUGGCAUCAGUGGCCGUAAUACAUCAGUCUUUGGGGCUGUCCUGCAGCCCUGAACCUGGGCCACCUGACCUUGGACUGACCUCCCGGUGCCUCCUGGAGCCCUGCAUACCUUCUGUGCCACGAUGCCUGCCAUCUCCUGCUAAUGUCUCCAGCUACCUAGAAGGCAGCACAGGGCUGCAGUCACUCUGGGGCAGUCUUCUGGCCUCGCUGACUCCUCCACCAUUGCCUCCCCCAGAACCCCCUGCCCCUCCUACUCUUCUUCAUAACUGCCCCCUUUGCCAGAAGCUCCAGAGAGACUCCCCAACCUGCCGUGCCUGCCACCACCCCAACCGUACAGUCCCUGCUGGACAGCCCAGCCCCUGGUACCAUACCUAUGGCCUGGCUCCUCCCUGGCCCUGGAGUCCAGUGCCCCCUUCGCUUCCCCAGCCCCAGCAAUGUUCCCUUUUCAGCGUCAUGGAGCUGGCUCGCCUCAAGUCUUUCAUUUUCCCAGGCUAGGUUGGGCUCCGAGGAAUGCAUUAAGAGGGUGUGGGAGUUCUGAGAACCUGGAGGAGCAAAGCUUGAUUUAGAUCCUCUCUGGGUCCUUGGCAGAUCCCCUGUCCUCCUGGGUGGGAGCUUAUGGGGUGGUGGGGCAGAAGGACUGAAGGUCAUUCACUCCUAGACCUCAGCGGCUGUCUGGCUGCUUGGCCAGGACAGUGAUGGCACCAGGGAGAGCUUCCACUUGGUAACCAGGGACAUGUCCCAGAUGGACAUAGUAGAAGCCCGUCUCUGCCUCCCUGGGCUUUUCUAGAUGUUUACUUUUUAGUUCCCUAGGAUGGAAGGGUAAAGGUGGGAGAUAAGGGAAGUGGGGUGAGAGGAGGAAGGAAAUGUUGACUUGGGCCUGUGUGAUGUUCCUGAGGCAGAAGAGCCAGGGACUGAUGGGGUCAGGUGGGAGCUGCUGGGUGAGGCAGGAAACCCUUUUCACUCCCGUUCCUUAGCUUUAGUCUAGUGGAGCGAAGGACUGCUGGGACCUUCAACCCUGACCUUUUGUCUUCCAGUGUUCUCUUAGUGUCCUGCUCCUAGGCUUCCUUCUCUUCUGGUUUCUCUCCCGGGUGUUCUCUUCCCAGGCCUCUCUGGCCGCUGCUUUGUAUCAGGGUUUUUCACGCUUUUGUAGAACUGAGGUUUCAAUAAACAGUUUCGGUUGCAUGGCCUGGACUUUUCCUUCUGCGGCAACCCUUAAAGAUCUUUCCUCCCUGUAUCUACCUUCCAAGCCUCCCUGCUUCCUCAUCCUGUCAUCUCACAAACUGUUUUCUCUGAACCUCAUCUCAGGACUUUCCUAUCAUUUAAUAGGCAUAGGCUUCCAUUUCCAACUUUGUUCCUGCUCCCAGGACCCUGGGCCCUAGCACUUUCGACUUGGGGUGCCAUGGGGCACAAAGAGUGACUGUCCCGUGCCUGAGUUGGCCUUGUCUGUCACUUGUUCUGGGUGAGCACUCUCCUUGUGGAUUCCGAAAAUUGUCUCCUGGAGAGGGGCCAGGCCUUGUAUCCAGCACCAUCAGGCGCUCCUGAGAGCAAGCCAUGAGGACACCAAUCUCCUGACCACCUCACUGGGCUGACACAUGGUGAUGGUCACAUGUGUUUAACAAUUCCAAGAACUUGAAGAACUCCAAGGCUGGGUCAUCACCCGAAGAAGGAAAAUAGUCUGGGCAGCUUGGCCGAGUGAAUCAGGGACUGCUGAGGAUCCUUCAUGGAAGAGGUGGUUCUGCCCCCUAGAGGGCAUUUUGGAAAUUCAUGGGCCAUUUUUUCAUUGUCAGAAGGAUUUGAGGGUAUGCUACUAGCAUUUCAUCAACCUGGGCAGGAUGCUAGACAUCCUGAAAUGCUCAGACCUCCCUUACUGUGAAGAAUUCCCAAGACAACUUUUGAAUGACCAGCUUUAUGUAUAUGAAAACCCUGUUUAUUUAUCUGAGCCUAGAACUAUCUUUGUACCUCUAAACAUAAAACAGUGUUUGUGCAUUUUGGAAAAGACUGAGUUUGCUAGGAAUUCAUUCUCAUGUCAAUUAAAACUACUUUGUUUUACUUCGCACUUUAA